AUGGAUUCACCCUCUCUCUUUCUCCCUCUCUCUUUCUCCCUCUCUCUUUCUCCCACUUUCUCUUUCCUUGCUUUUUCAUUCUCACUCGUUUGCACUCCUUCACUCUCUCUUUAUUGUUCUCUUCCUCUCUUUCCGGUUAACAUUUUCAUCAUUCCAAGCAACCCGUCCCCGACCCCAACAUCUUCGUGCGAUAAAGUCCGUCCAUAUCUAUCUAUCUAUCUAUCUAUCUAUCUAUCUAUCUAUCUAUCUAUUACAGAAGGUUCAUUAUCUAUCUAUUUAUCUAUCUAUCUCAGUCCGUUCAUAUCAGAGUCUGUUCAUAUUUCAGUCUGUUCGUAUCUAUCUAUCUAUCUAUCUAUCUAUCUAUCUAUCUAUCUAUCUAUCUAUUACAGAAUGUUCAUUAUCUAUCUAUCUAUCUAUCUAUCUAUCUAUCUGAUGUGGGGCCAAACUAUGAAUAAAUUCUGUCUUUUCGUUAUUUCUACUAAACCAUCUUCCGCCAUCUAUCUAUCUAUCUAUCUAUCUAUCUAUCUAUCUAUCUAUCUAUCUCAGUCUAUUCAUAUCUAUCUAUCUCGGUCUGUUCAUAUCUAUCUAUCUAUCUAUCUAUCUAUCUAUCUAUCUAUCUAUCUAUCUAUCUCAUCUGUUCAUAUCUAUCUAUCUAUCUAUCUAUCUAUCUAUCUAUUUCAGUCUAUUCAUAACUAUCUAUCUAUCUGUUCAUUAUCUAUCUAUCUAUCUAUCUAUCUAUCUCAGUCUAUUCAUAUCUAUCUAUCUCGGUCUGUUCAUAUCUAUCUAUCUAUCUAUCUAUCUAUCUAUCUAUCUCAGUCUAUUCAUAUCUAUCUAUCUAUCUAUCUAUCUAUCUAUCUAUCUAUCUAUCUAUCUAUCUAUCUCAGUCUGUUCAUAACUAUCUAUCUCGGUCUGUUCAUUAUCUAUCUAUCUAUCUAUCUAUCUAUCUAUCUAUCUAUCUAUCUAUUUCAGUCUAUUCAUAACUAUCUAUCUCGGUCUGUUCAUUAUCUAUCUAUCUAUCUAUCUAUCUAUCUAUCUAUCUAUCUCAGUCUAUUCAUAUCUAUCUAUCUCGUCUAUUCAUAUCUAUCUAUCUAUCUAUCUAUCUAUCUAUCUAUCUAUCUAUCUAUCUAUCUAUCUAUCUAUCUCAGUCUGUUCAUAACUAUCUAUCUCGGUCUGUUCAUUAUCUAUCUAUCUAUCUAUCUAUCUAUCUAUCUAUCUAUCUAUCUAUCUCAGCCCAUCAAUAUUUGUUGCCCUGUACCAGGCAUAGCUAUGAUUUGUACAAACGAUCAUUACUUCUGUGACCUACCGCAGCAUGAUGGUGAUCAGAUUAAUCUUACGGACUAA